UCGCGUCGAAUAAAAGCCGAACCCCUUCCCUUCACCGAGUAUAAAUCGCCUCCCACGACCGUCGUUUACACUGUGCUUGCCUUUUUCCUUCCAUUGCCGAUCUCCGUCCGUCUAAAAUCGCACUUCUCUUCAUCUUCUCAAUCAUCAGUCGUAUACAGACAUUUUCCGAUGGCGCUACCAAAUCAGGCCACCGUAGAUUACCCUAGCUUCAAGCUUGUAAUUGUCGGAGAUGGUGGAACAGGGAAGACGACCUUUGUUAAACGCCAUCUUACUGGAGAGUUCGAGAAGAAAUAUGAACCGACAAUCGGAGUUGAAGUUCAUCCACUGGACUUCUUUACGAACUAUGGAAAGAUAAGGUUUUACUGCUGGGAUACUGCCGGUCAGGAGAAGUUUGGUGGACUAAGAGAUGGUUACUAUAUUCAUGGGCAAUGUGCCAUUAUAAUGUUUGAUGUCACUGCUCGUUUAACAUACAAAAAUGUCCCAACAUGGCAUCGUGAUCUCUGCAGGGUUUGUGAGAACAUACCCAUCGUAUUAUGUGGAAACAAGGUGGAUGUGAAAAACAGACAGGUUAAAGCAAAGCAGGUGACCUUCCACAGGAAGAAAAAUCUGCAGUAUUACGAAAUCUCUGCAAAGAGUAAUUAUAACUUUGAGAAGCCCUUCUUGUACCUUGCCAGAAAGCUUGCUGGGAAUCCGGAGCUUCACUUCGUCGAAUCACCUGCCUUGGCUCCUCCUGAAGUCCAAAUCGACUUGGCCGCACAAGCACAGCAUGAAGCAGAAUUGGCGCAAGCUGCUGCACAGCCUCUCCCUGAUGAAGAUGACGAUGCAUUUGAGUAAUAUGGGGGCUUUUUAUAGGUGUGCUUACAAGGGUUUAUAGUGAUUGUGGUUGUCUAGUUGGUUGUUGGUUGUGUAAUUCACUAUCUGAUGUGUCAUAGUAGGUUUCGUUUGAUAUAUUACUACUGUUAUCGAUUACAAUUUUGAUAAAUGAAGCAUUUGGACUUUUUCUUUAAA